AUGGGUUCGCAGACAAACCCUCCAAUCGACCACCGUGAGGACGAUCACGACGAGCCUAACCCUGAUGCAUCGACUGUACCUCCAGACUCCACUCCAUCCUAUCCCGAUGGCAUGAAUCGCACACCCAGUCCAGAAGGACACCGACCGCCAUUACCCCCACGGCCGAACACACUGAGCCUGUUGAAUGACGAGGCAUCCCCCCGGGCACCAACUCUCCAAGCGGAGCCUACAACAGCCGUUUCUCGAGCAGAUGCAGGUCCUCAGACACCAGACGCAGCAAGCCCAUAUUCAAGUCUUGCUGUUCGAGGGCUGUCGCGGGGUCUCAAGGCGCGAGCGAGCUUGAGCCAGCUUACGAGCCCAAAGAGCAGUGACGCGGGAGACUCCGCCAGUAUUCGAAGUUCCAUACAAAAUGGCGACCUUGGAGAUGUGGAUGCUAUGUUUUUGGACUUCGUUGCGACUGUCCCGGCAGGCCCGGCAGACACUACCAGUCUACUGCAUUUUCCCGAAUUCCCGGCUGAUGAUGUGAAUGACGAGGAAUUCCUUGGCGAAUUUGAUCCCAUAGGAGAAUUAGAUGAGCAUGCGGGAAAUGAAGACUUACUCCUCCAACGAUGGAAGGCGAAGCAAAAACACUACUUAAUUCUAUCGGCUGCCGGUAAACCUAUCUGGACACGUCAUGGCGACAGUGGGUUGAUAUCAACUUAUGUUGGCGUCAUCCAGACCAUUAUAUCGUUCUACGAAGACUCAAACGAUCGCCUGCGAGGUUUCUCAACGGGAGACACUAGAUUUGUCAUACUGACUCGUGGAUCUCUGCAUCUUGUUGGCAUCAGCCGCAUGAUGGAAAGCGAUAACCAGCUCAGACUCCAGCUGGAGGCUUUGUAUAUGCAAAUUCUUUCUACCUUGACACUCCCGUCUCUCACUUAUUUAUUCUCGGUUCGCCCAUCUACGGAUUUGAAGCGACCCUUACAAGGAACUGAGACACUUCUAUCUUCGCUGGCAGAUAGUUUCACGCGUGGAUCACCAUCUACCUUGCUAUCAGCAUUGGAAUGUCUCAAAGUUCGCAAAGUCCACCGCCAAACCAUCAACAAUGCACUUCUCAAGACAAAAGCCAACAACUUGCUUUACGGCCUGGUUGUGGCUGGUGGGCGUCUUGUCAGCGUCAUCCGGCCAAAGAAGCAUUCUCUUCACCCCGGUGACCUUCAACUUUUAUUCAAUAUGAUUUUCGAGGCUGAUGGAGUUAAAGCUGGUGGUGGCGAGAGCUGGAUUCCCGUCUGCCUCCCUGGCUUCAACAGCAGUGGCUACCUAUAUAUGUAUGUCAGCUUCCUCGAUCUUCGUAGUGAUGUCGUGGAGAAUGAGGAUAUCUCGAAAGAUGAAUCGGUUGCUAUCAUUCUCAUCAGCCCGGACAAAGAGAGCUUUUUCGAGAUGCAAAGCAUGCGUGAUUCUCUUGUUGAGCAAUUACAAAGGAACGGAAGUCUCCAAGUCAUCAAGGCCGCAGUGGACCAAGGGCGGCCAGUGACUACUGAUGUCGUUCCGGGUACAGUGCUUCGCCAUUUCCUAUACAAAUCGCGUGCCAACGUCCAGUUCACCAUGUCAUCAUAUGCUCCCGAGUUCACUUCGGUAUCCAGACGGCGAAGAUUGAUGUCUACAUACAACAAUCUUCAUGCCAGUAUCCACACCAAGAACACACAUGUCAAAGUUCAUCACUGUGUCUCUCGAUCUGCAACCUCCUUCGCAUGGGUGACUCCUGUGUUUGAGCUUUAUUGCAUUGCUGAACCGAGCGCGAAUCGAAACGCUUUGGUCCAAAGUGCCAGUAAAGUUGCCCAGUGGGUUAAACAAGAAGAGGAAAGGCUAUUUAUCAUCGGCGGUGCCGUCUUUUAA